AUGGCGUCAGAUAAGCAGAAUACAACUGCACUGCUCACAGAACACUUUCGAUAUACACCUCUGACUCUCCUCGACGACAUCAUCAACAUCGUAAACGAACUUGUCUUUCGCGCCGUCAAUGCCGUCGAAGAAGGCCUCAGCGCCAAAGCCCCCGAAGAGCUCGGCUUCGAACUGGACAACUCAACACUCUCCUCCCUCCGCACCGAAGACGCACGGCGAGACGCGCUCGAGCAGCUCAAGCAGAAUGAGAUCGACAAUGGCACCGUCAAGCUUGAGAGUCUUCUGAAUGCGACGGUGGAUAGGGACUUUGACAAGUUUGAAAUCUACACUUUGCGGAACAUUCUGGCUGUUGGACAUGAAGAGGAUGAUUUGGCGAAUUGGGUGCGGUUGGAUCAUUACCAGGGUGUGGAUAUGGUCAAGGCGGAUGAGGUGCCUACGCCUGAGCAAAUACAACUGCAAAGAAGAAAGUUGCAUGAGACUGCCAAGUUGAACACGAUGCUCAAGGCCGAAGAGGCGAAGCAUGCUGCGAUGCUCUCGCAGUUGAGUGGGCUCAUAGGCGCAGAGCCGAAGAAAGAGGGAGAAGAUGGACAAGCACCAUUUGCACUCUUGCAGGCAGGUAAAGGUCAGAACCUGACGCAGGAUACGCAAGAAGCGUUGAACCAAAUACCUGCACUGCAGCAGCUUCUGGCCAAGUUGAAGGACGCGCUGCACACGAUCCCCAACCCGCGAAAUGCGAGGUAUGAGGAUGAGGACUCGGCUGAUGCGAGACGGAGACGAUAUCUGGAGAAGCAGACGCAACGGGCUUUGGAGAGGAAAGGCAUUGAUCCCGAGUCCUCUGCCGGAGCGGCGCUUGCGGUUGGAAGGAGAAUGGGAAGGGACGAAAUCGAGGGAAUCGAAAGUGUUGCACAGGCCCUUGGCGGAGCUGAAUCGAAACCGAAGCAAUAA